UUGCCAUCGGCUAUGCAAGUGCAUCGGUCAACUGAGAGCUUUAGCGUGAUCUGUAGAGGAUUAGCAUUUAUUCCGCUGUGAAAUGCGUUUCCUGGCCUACGUGUUAAUCAGCACUCAGCUAUUCGUUGGACUUCAGUGUCAGAAAUUGCCUGCCAAGGUGAAGAAAUGCCAUUAUGGUGACGGAAAGUGCUUGGUGGAGUCGGCAAAUGCCGUGCUGAGGAACUACCCAAAGGGCAUACCCGAGGUCAAUCUAAAACCAUUCAAUGUGCUGCCUGUAAGGGACUGGCUGUUGGUCAACGAUUCCCAGGUUGGAGGUGCCUGGUUUUUUAACCUAAUUAACCAGAUUAAUUAUGGCUUCGAGAACACCACCAUCACGGAGAUCCUUGGAUUCGACAAAGAUCCCACUUCCACCAAGAUUGAAAUUCACGGCAAGAUUCCGCGUUUGGUCUAUAAGGGUGACUAUUUGGCAAAAGGUCGGAUGUUGUGGUUCGUGGACAUAAACUCCCAAGGAACCUCCGAGUCGGAUUUUCUCAAUUUCCGUUUCGAUCUUUCGUUAAAAGUGCGCAUCGAGUACAGGAACAACAAGCGAUAUCUAAAGAUCUAUGAGCUGGUCCCGAAUAUAAGGCUAGAUCGGUGGAUAAUGUGGCUGGACAACUUCUUUCCUGACAAUGAAGAUCUGACUAUAGCAAUUAACAAUUUGUUUAAUCGAAAUUGGGUGGAGUUUUGGAACGAACUUGAGCCGGGUAUUCUGAAGCUGUUCGAAACUGUCUUCCUAAGUCUUUUCGAGGAUCUUUUCGAAACUAUACCUUACGAUGAUCUGUUCCUAGCCGACGAAGACUCAACACAUAAUUAAGCCCAGUAGAGUUUACAUACUUAUUAGUAAAAAUAAAGUAGGAUAUUAAAUUUUUCCCUGGAACUAAUGCUAAGCUCAUCUAAUUUGUAGUGAUCGUAUAUACACCACAGGUAAUCAGUAAAACAGUAAGGGGGAAAAUGUAUAUGCUAUGAAAGCUAAACUGGUUCUCGAUUUAUGCGCAUUCCUGCGAGGUUUGUUGGCCUUAUAAAACUGCAAGUGAAUUAUGAAAGUCAUUAUUUUUCUAAAUUGUAAGUUUAUUUAAGAAGCCUAAUCUAAAAUAAAUCUAUAUAAGAAAAUUUUCUUUAAAACAUUUUCAUUAUUAUAUUUGUCGAAUCCGAUAUUCCUUAGAUGUGGCCCAUUUUUAAAGGGUGCCACUAAUGUAAUUGAAUUAUUAACUAAGAAAUAAAGAGUGCUUACCCCCA